AGCCGAGGACUUUAUCACUAAAGUUUGAUAGCUUUAUUGCCGUUUAUUAUUUGUUUAUUUCAAAAUAAAUUACCUGUCCAACUGAUAAGAAACUUCCCUAGUGUAAUCCUAAGGUUUUAUGUUACCCUGGGCUGGUAUAGUUUGGGCAAAAAUGCAGUUUUAAAUUGAUUCAGUUAUAUAACAAGAGUAUUAGUGAUUUCAUAGCUUGUUUGUAAACUUAAGUGUAUCUGUGUUGUUUUAGAUUUUCAGCCCUCUGCGUUUGGAUAUGAAUUUAAGCUGUAAUUUGUAAAAUAGAAAGAUUAUUCUAACUUUUGAUGUCAAGGUCACUGUUGGCGUUACCAUGGAUACACUUCAUUCUAUGUGUAUCCAUGGUAACUUGUAAUUUCUAUGGUGAGAAUUACUAUAAUGAUCGCUAUGGAGCACAAGGAAUUGCAUAUACCUCGGAUGACCGAUCUAAUGGACUGUGGUCGGACAUGGGAAGUCUUCAAAGUAACUAUCUUCUUGCCGACAGCCUCUGGUCUGGUGACGCAUGCUCGGGUUGCACGUGCAAUGGUGACGUCAUCGAUUCCUGCACGGGCUCAGUAGUAACGUUACGGGGUCAAUCAAUGGUUAAUAUAACAGCCGGGACGUUUAGUAAGGACACGACGAGCAUAACUAUAAUAAAUUGUCCAAAUUUUGAACUUUUUGAAAACGCAACGUUCGAAAAUCUUACAAGUCUACAGGAAAUUAUAGUUCAAGGAACGGCUUUGAAUCAUGUACCGGAUCUGUCCACCACUGUUGUCACAAAAGUAAAUUUGGCGGGAAAUCAAAUAUCGUUGAGCACAGACAACCACCGUGGAUGGAGAUGGCCGACAACGAUAGAAUAUUUGGCUAUGAUGGACAAUUUACUGUAUUGGCUUCCAGAUAAUUUUAUAGAUGGACCAAACCUUAGAAUUGCGAGUUUUGGUAACAAUCAGUUACUGCAGAUCCAUCCAACAAUAUUUGGUGAUACUUCUUCUCUUAUUUACCUCGGAAUGGAUGGCAAUAAAAUAACCAGGCUCUCUAGAAACAGUAUUGCGGCUUUAGCUACGAAUAAUUUCCAACAUCUAAAUAUAAGUAACAACGAAAUCGUGUUUAUCCAAGCUGGAACCUUUGACCAAUUACCAAACAUAAAGAUUCUCGAAGUACACAAUAAUCUAUUACCAACCAUCAAUGUCAACAUAUUUUCCAACAUGCCAGAGUUAUUGCACUUGGAUUUACACGCCAACGACAUUUCUGCGUUACCGAGGCGGAGUUUCGAGAAUCUACCGAAGCUGAUGGAAUUACGGCUUCACUCGCAGAAGACAAAAAUGACGUCAAUAGCCUAUGACGCGUGGCGUAAUAUUGGUAAUGAGCUCAUCAACUUGUUUGUCAGUGAGAAUAAUUUACAGACGUACCCUCAUCAAGUAUUAGAGGAGGGUUAUUACCCGAAAUUAGAAAGAAUAUACGCAGACAACAAUGCAAUAUCAAAUGUGACAGAGUAUGGAUCGGAGGCUUUCCCUUCCUCACAGAAAUUCUUAUACUCACAGAAACGACUUCAGUUUACACCAUUUGCUGCUUACCCGGCAUUACAUACAUUAUACCUUCAUGGUAACUGGAUCACACAUAUAGAGAACGAUGACAUGUGUAAUAUGACAAAUCUACAGAAUUUAUGGUUAAAUAGUAACCUACUUACUGAAGAUAACAUUGAUGAUGACGCAUUUCAGUGUCUUCCGGUACUCGACUUCCUGAAUAUAGGGAGUAAUUUAAUCCAGUAUGUACCAAAUGCUGUCAAGAGCAGUACAGUGCUACCUGCCCUCACACAAUUAUACAUGCAGGCGAAUCACCUCACUUUCCUAGAGACCGGGACAUUUACCAACCUGACCACUUUACUGACUCUAAUUUUGACUUCAAAUAAGAUAAUCGCCGUGGAGAAUGAAGUGUUCAACCUGCAGAUAGAAACUAUAAAACUAGACAGCAACGAGUUUCGUUUUACUCAUCAGUUUCCAUUCAGUAACUUACAAAAUCUCAGGGUGCUGUGGUUGAGCAGUAACGUCAUCAAUUACAUUCCUCCAUUAGCAUUUACUAAUUGUACAUCCCUAACUGAAAUUCAAAUGGCUUUCAACAAUAUACCACAGCUUCUCAAGUCACAUUUUACGAAUUGCCCACUGUCCGGAGAUAUAUUGUUCAAUGACAACGAUAUUGGUUACAUCGAAGACGGAACAUUUGAUCACGUGACAUCUAUGACACGAUUCACUGUAGCGAAUAAUGUACUGACAAAAUUACCGAACGGUGGUGAUUUUGCUGACCUUGUAAUUAUUGACGCCGGGGACACUCUUCAAGGAACCAUGGACUUCACCAAUAACCGGCUUGUCUACCUCGAGACACACACAUUUGUUAAUCUGGUUGUAGCUGAUUAUUUGUCUCUCGCCAAUAACAAAAUAACAACAAUCGCAACCGAAGCAUUUAAUGGACUUACAGCAAAAUACCUUGACCUUCGGGGGAAUAGCCUUAGAGAAUUACACAAGAAAUCUUUCACAUCAGUCUCGUUGUCUGAGAGUAUGUAUAUUAAUGACAUGUUCUUUGACAAAAUCCCUACCAUGGCUUUAUAUGAUGUAUCAGCUAGAAACAUUGACAUCAGUAAUGGAGGAAUAACAAUGGUGGAGAAUGAAGCCUUCUAUAAUGUUGUUGUCAGCGAAGACCUAUACAUAGAAAACAACCAACUGUCCCAGAUUCCAGACGGGUCUAUGACUGGACACACCAACUUGCAACAACUGUAUUUGACCAACAACCAAAUAAACUAUAUUCAGUCCGGCUUAUUCACUGACCUCACUGCUUUAACUCAUCUCGGCCUUGCAAGUAAUGUGAUAGACAGUGUCGAUACAAAUAUUUUCAACACUUUGGGGUCACUAGAAUACAUCUACAUGCAAAAUAAUCAACUGAACCAUUUCCCGGCUCUAGGAACACAAGCUAUGAAGGUUAUAGAUCUCAGCUCUAACGAACUAGAAACUGUAGCCACUGACGCUUUCACAAAUCUGGCAUCGUUGUCAUCACUAAUUCUCACCGACAACCCACUGGCGUGUCAAUGCCAGCUAGUAUCUGCCCUACAUGACGUGGCCGGGAGUAUUACAGGAGGUAGCUGCGAAUAUACCGCAGCCGCCAAUGGGUUGACGUUUGAUAAAAGCAUGGUCAAAGAUCCUACAUACUACUUUAGCAGUGCAAAUAACAAUGCCUCAGUCUUCCAAUGUUCUGCCGAUAAUGUAGUUGCCACUGCUAACUCUGGUACCGAGAUAGAAGUGGCAUGGGAUCAACCGCCUUAUGUGUAUUUUCAACCCAACGGAACAAUAGGAUCUUCACCAGCACUUUCUGGAGCAGUAGAGUACCAAGUCACGUGUGUAAGUAAUACCGCCUCUACAUUAUACGAUACAGAGAGUGAUGGUGACGCUACCGCUGGGUCUGGUUCCUUCAGUCUGACAUUUAAUACCGGGGUGGUUCCUGGCACGACCUACGAAUGUUCAAUAAAGAUGGAUCAAUCUUCUUAUACAAGCGCAAAGAGUAUGCCCGCAGUUGUAAUUACCCCAGAUGCCGUAGUGCCUGGACCUGGAGCCGGUGCAAAUGACGUCGAGCUUGACGUCAAAUAUUACGACUUUGAAAAAUCUCACACGGACUUCAACGACUUGGCUUAUCCAACAAUAAGCUCGCCAACAUACGUUGCUAGCCCGUACGGUGCUUGGUUGUCAAUAUCGAACAACCCAGCUGGUGACACGUUUUCCACAUGGUACCGUGACGAUCACCCGGUCAACCGUGAGAUUUCAGACACAAUUAUACUAGUUGCGCAAACCGGGACCAUUAAAAAGUUUUGGAGUGAUGCAUUUUUCCCGGUCGAUGGCCAAGGUUUCGCCGCUGAACAACAACGGGAUUGCAACGGGACAUAUCAUAACUUUGGAUUUACAACUGCUGUCCGAACAGGUAUAAAAUUUGCUGGUACAGAGAAAAUCACACUUGGAGGUGGAGAGGCACUGUGGUUAUAUAUCAACGGUAUAAAAUUGAUUGAUUAUGUGUCGACCGGAGCGUCAAUCAAGGAAUGCUUCUACGUUGAUCUAUCGCCGGCGCUCACCGUCGGCGGGGGAGUAAUUGUACCACAACAGGGCUCUAUUUCCGGAGGUUCUUGCACUGGUCUUUCGGCAAUGUCCACUAGUGCAACCAUGGAACUAGAGCUAAAUGAGAUAUACCACUUUGACUUGUUUCUGGCUGAAACUCGUAAAUGUACAUCGGAACUUCUAUUUCAAGUUGAAGAUACUACAUUUAGUCUAGACCCUUCAACCGAACUUCCCAUAGAUUAUAGCGUGACAAUAUCCGAAGAUUUCUAUGUAGAUGAUAUCUUGACUACAAUAUAUCUGACGGACGUGUUUUCUGUUGGACCCUAUGACAUAACAUUAUAUGCAGGAAAUGAAAACAGGUUGUUUGAAUUUAAAGAAGAUAUUGUUGCAAAUCAGUUUACUACACCAGCCCCCGUUGCUCCAAAUUAUACAACCAUGGUGGAUAUUGAUGGAAAUACAGUGAACUUUGUUGAAUGCACAAGUGUAUUCACCCCAACUUGGACAACCAACGCUGCCAGUGAAACAUUUAGCAUCUCUACUUCAACUGCUCUAUUCACUUUGAAAGAUGUCCUGGAUUAUGAAACAACUAAAGCUUAUUAUUUCCUCCUGACCGUUGAUGAUACUGGAAAGUCCCUGACAGGCUCUAUUGCAAUCAGAGUAAAGAUAGAAGACGUUAAUGACAACUGUCCAAUUUUAACACCAACGAGUGCCUCAAUGACCCCUCUACCAGUACUAGUAGAUGCCCCACUCAUGUCUUUUGCAUCAAGUGAUACAGACAGUGGCGAUAACAGUGACAUUAGAUACAUCGUUUCAGCAGUGACACCAGAUCCUCCUGUUGAUUAUAAUGACACAAUGGAGUUAUGGGAUGACGUUUAUCUGAACUACACAACGUUACAAUUUGAGGUCAUAGCGAUCGAUAACGGAACCGUGCCACGUGGUGAUAGAGCGUCCGUUAAUGUUACCGUCAGCAAUACGUGUGUUAUGGAUGUGCUGUUUGGGGAUAUAACCUACAUAUUUGCUGUUAACAAGACUACCGGAGGCUUGACACUUCGCAUACCGAAAUAUUACGUUGUAGAAUUUUUGUGCAGUGACAAUAUUGGAUUAUCUACUGGGAUUGUAUUAGACAACAUGAUGUUUGCAUCCUCGUCUUAUAAUAAUAUGUUAACUGGACCUGGUAGAGCAAGAGUUAAUGAUACUGCAAAUACGUACAGUGGAUUGUCUGGUGGUUGGGUAGCAGGUGUGCUCGAUACUAAUCAGUAUAUAGAGGUAGAUAUGAGCCUGGCUUACAAGUUCACGAAAGUUCAUAUUCAAGGUCGGGAGGACGCUGAUGAAUGGGUGACGUCAUUCAAGAUAUUCUCUUAUAACGAGGACACGGCGACAUGGGACGAAUAUACGCAUUCCAAUGGCCAAAAUAUUUUUGUCGGUGUAGCAGAUCGAGAUACCAUAACACAAGUUAGUUUGGACCCUGCAGUACUUAGUUCAAAGAUUAGAAUAAAUCCACAGACAUGGAGUGGAGGAAAUAUUUCACUGAGACUGGAACUAUCCGGAUGUGAACAAGCAGAACAACUCUAUUAUGAUGUUAGUUGUGUUCGAUGUGAGACGACUAACUACUGUGAAGGGGAAGGAAUUCAGAAACCGUGUGGGAGGUGUGAUCCGUAUGACCCUACGUCUACUUGUGGCCGCAACCCAGUGGAGCAUUCCUUCGGACAUGCGUCGGAGUGCACUACUUGUCCCGUCGGUUGGAUUUGCAAAGAUGACGGGUACGCAACCAUUUGUCCUGAGUUCCAGUACGCUGUAUGCAAUUCUACCUGGUGCCCGGACAGCUGCACGCAAUGUGAGGCCGGAUACGCCUGUCUUGAUGGGCGGAGAACUGAGUGCCGACCUGGGUAUUUCUCAGACGGAUUCGUCGAACACUGUUCUGCCUGUGUUUCUGGGACAUAUCAAAACGAAUCCGCAUCAAGUUCCUGCAAUCCAUGUCCUGCUGGAUAUUAUAGUGGUACAGGACAAUCAGCUUGCGAAAUAUGUGAACCUGAAGAGUAUGCCCUUAACGACGGAACCGGAUGUAUAGCGUGCGCAAACGCAGUCGAGUGUCCAUGCAUGACUUGGGACAAGUGUUUUAAUGGUACAGGAUGUUACAAUACUGGAGGUGGAACAUAUCAAUGUGUACCAUGUCCUGACGGAUAUGAGGCUAACGGUUCUACUUGUUCUGAUAUUGACGAGUGUGCUGAUCACAAUCCGUGCUUUAACUCUAGAUGCAUCAACACGCAGCCAGGUUUUCAGUGUUUAGAGUGCCCGGAAGGUUACUCGGGUACCUUUGAGGAUGCCUAUAGUUGGGGUGUACAACAGAGGGUGUUUGUGUGGCAGAAUGUAAUGCACGAUAAUACUUCAUACCAGACCUGUAACGACAUUGACGAGUGCGCUAUUAAUAAUGGAGGAUGUGACCCGAGACAGCCUUGUAUUAACACAGUGGGUAGUUACUACUGCGAUUUUUGUGAGACUGGUUAUAUUGGUACGAACAAAAGUGGUUGUUACCUUGAUAACUUCUGUAUAUCUGGUGCACAUGAUUGUAACAAUGUAUGGGCAGACUGUAUCUAUCUUGGACCUGCAGAAUACAGAUGUGUGUGUAAACCCGGAUAUGCUGGUAACGGAGAAAGAUGUGGUUUAGACUCGGAUAAUGAUGGUCAUCCAGACAGAGGAGUUUCAUGUGUAGACUGGGGAUGUUUCAGGGACAAUUGUAUGUAUGUAUCUAAUAGUAAUCAAGAAGACAGUGAUGGUGAUAACAAAGGUAAUAAUUGUGAUGAUGACGACGAUAACGAUGGCAGAUGGGAUUAUCUG